AAAUGCAUGCUGAUGCAUAAGCCCAAAUGAAUCUAACACUUCUUGUGAAUCACAUGGUGUGCGGAACCAAGUGUUACAGGGGGAAUAAAAACACUGUUUACUGCGAUUCAUGUGCCAUGAAUGAAACUAUAACUUGGGCUGUGUUUGAUGACCCCAAGAAGCCUCGAAGCUUUAAAUGCUGUUGUUGCAGAAGCACGUUUCACAUGCAACAUGUGCUUCCGACUGAAACCGUAUCUGUGGCAGAUGCAAUGCACAAUCCAUGUGCUUUCUUGGCCGGUUGAACUUGGAAGGAAGAUGAGAUGAUGGUAGUCGUGUGAGAAGGGCAACUUUCCGGUGGCCUACUUCGGGGGAUCCCAUGAACGGGCGAUCCUAUCUGUUCUUAAGCAUUCAUCGUCGUCUCGAUCGAGCACCGAGAGUGAUGUCGAUUCAGCUUAGCCUUGCUGUGCCGCGACUCCGAGAGGGCCACCUCGGCGGUCCUCGAGGAAUCGUCUCCGAGUCGUCGCCGUGUUCCUAAACGCGCGACGGAGUCGCCCACGCACGGCGGAUCCGAAUUUGACUUUUGAACUUGAUACAGCAUAAUCUUCCAAUGAGAAUAACCCACGUCAGAAGUAAACGCGACGGUUCCGACGGCAAGUACGACUCGAUUCCCGCAGCCGAUCAGGGCAUGGUGGCCACAUGGGAUAGCACGAGGAAAAGGUACAAGGCGUGGGGGAAGAGAAGACGGACGCGGUGACAGUUUGACUGCUCCUGCCCUCGUCCCUCCUUCCCCUCCACCUUCCUCCGGCCGUAAUACCACAUCAGCAGCCAUAAAAGAAGGAGCGAGGAGGCGGAGGGCGACGACUAUCGAUCCAGCUCGAUCGAUGGCAUCUUCAUCUUGUGCCUUGGAGCUGCGUGCGGCAGGGCUGGCCAGGGAACUCCUUCAGGUUAGGGAGAAGCAAGGCGGCGCUUCGAGCUGCCAUCUCGCGCCAUGGGGGAGGAGGACGAUGGGUGCAAAAGCUAGCCUGAGGGCCGCCCAAGCGGCGGGACACAGCGCGACGAAGGGGAUCUCCUCCUCCUCUGCCUGCCUGGAGCGUUCUUUUCCUAAGGAGCAACGGAGGGAGCCCGUGACACCCGAACAGGUGGACCAGUGGAUGACGGAAUCCAUCGGGGAGAUAGUCCGGAACGUAGGGGAAGAGCCCUUUCUCAUGCGCAUCUUCUCCAGCGGCGGCGCGCCCGGCGUGCGACUGGAGAGCGAAGCGGCAUUGCCGGAGAGCUGGCCGCGGAUCAAGAAGAGGUGGGACCGGGAGAGCCGCACCCCCGACGCGGUCAUCCUGGUGGAGGUGCUCGAGCAGGAGGAGGGGGAGAGCGGGGCGGAGGCAGAUGAGGCCACGGCAAACUGUGGCGUGGCCGGUGGCGCCCGCAGGACGUGGGGGCUGGUAGCGCAAGGGCGCGGCAUGGACUCCGCGGCGUGCUACAUCCUCGACACCACCCGCGUGAAGUCGUCGCUGGGAUUUUGCACUCACUUCUGCCUCGCGAGAGCCAAAUGUUUCGGAGAAGCCGUCCAUGUGCAGCUCAGGAACACUUGGUUGCAGCGGACGGGGUAACGGCGCUCGCCAUGAAUGUGAUAAAAAGAAGAUCAUGAGAUAAACAUGAAACGAUAGCUUUGUAUUUCUUACCUCCCUAAUCAAUUUAUAAUUAAGGAUUAAUCAUAAAUUUAAAUAUAUAAUUUGAUUGUAUAA